AUGGGGGCGGGAGAAAGAAAAACAUUUAAAAAAAAUGUAUUAAAAAGAAAGCAUUCCACUUGGCAGCAAGCGCGCGGGAAGUUCAGCGCCCGAGUUCCGGGUUUCCCUGCCUUUUGUCAGCCCCCAGCCAGCCGCAACGUGAGUGAGCCCCCAGACCCUUGUUCUGCUGCCCUGCCCAUCACGCGCCCCCAUCUCCUAGUAAACUCCAGAAAGAAUACCUCCAGAAACUUCUGGGGACAAUUUCCCAGCGGUAAGGCCACAGAGAUGAGUGUAGCAGCCAAAUACCGCACGGCUUCUUUGUAUGUGGGUGACCUGCAGGAAGAUGUAACUGAGGACCUAUUGUUUAAGAAGUUCAACACUGUGGGGCCAGUCCUGUCCAUACGCAUUUGCAGGGACCUGGCCACCCAUUGCUCCUUGGGCUAUGCCUAUGUGAACUUCCUACACUUGGCUGAUGCACAAAAAGCCCUGGACACCAUGAACUUUGACUUGAUAAAUGGAAAAGCCAUCCGACUUAUGUGGUCCCAGCGUGAUAACUAUUUAAGGAAAUCUGGGAUUGGAAACAUAUUUAUCAAGAAUCUGGACAAAUCCAUUGAUAACAAAACCCUUUAUGAGCAUUUUUCAACUUUUGGGAAGAUUCUCUCCUCUAAGGUAAUGAGUGAUGAUCAAGGCUCCAAGGGUUAUGCAUUUGUGCACUUUGAGAACCAGCAUGCUGCAGACAGGGCCAUUGAAGAGAUGAAUGGGGCUCUGUUCAGGAACUGCAGAAUGUUAGUAAGCAGAUUCAAAACUCGUCAAGAUCGUGAAGCUGAGCUCAGAAAUAAACCUACUGAAUUCACCAAUGUUUACAUCAAAAACUUUGGUAUUGACAUGGAUGAUAAGAGACUGCAGGAAGUUUUCAGCAAAUAUGGUACAACUCUAAGUGUUAAGGUGAUGACAGAUUCCAGUGGGAAAUCCAAAGGCUUUGGUUUUGUAAGUUUUGUUAGCCAUGAGGCUGCCAAGAAAGCUGUGGAAGAAAUGAAUGGAAAGGACAUGAAUGGACAGCUGAUAUUCGUAGGCCGGGCACAGAAGAAAACAGAACGUCAGGCUGAGCUAAAGCAAAUGUUUGAGCAGUUAAGGCAAGAAAGAAUUCGCAGAAGCCUUGGAGUAAAGCUCUAUAUUAAGAACAUUGAUGACACCAUUGAUGAUGAAAAGCUAUGGAAGGAGUUUUCUUCAUUUGGAUCGAUUAGCAGAGUUAAAGUAAUGCAGGAAGAAGGUCAAAGUAAAGGAUUUGGCUUGAUCUGUUUCUCCUCUCCUGAGGAAGCUACUAAAGCAAUGACUGAAAUGAAUGGCCGCAUCUUGGGUUCCAAGCCACUCAACAUUGCUCUAGCCCAGAAGCAUGAUGAAAGAAAAGCAUACUUCACCAGCCAAUAUUUGCAAUAG